AUGAGUCGGCACAGCCUCAGCGGACCAGCAAGCGGGCUCGACGGAAGUCGGCUGCUUCCGGCAGCGAUCUGGUCAGCACUGCGCGCUCCCCAGAGCAAGUCAGACACCCAUCGGACAGCGGCAACAUUUUCAGGACCACCUACACCCCAGCUGACUCACUGGGCAGCCCACUGGCAGGGUCGCAGCCUGAGGCUCGACGGACGCCUCCCGCGGCUGGCAGCGGAUCUGAUGCAGACCGCCCGCUCCCUGGACCAGCAGAGGCGCUCCGUUGGGAGCGAAGCCAUGUUCAGGACCACCUACACGGCGGCCGACUCACUGGCCAGCUCACAGCCCGAGAUGCUGGCGGGUUUGCUAGCGGGAAGUGCCCUGGUCGCCAUGGCCAAGGAUGGCCUGGCGUCACUGGCCAGAAACGCCUCGGCUCCCGACUCCGCCGAUUCCGAGUCAGAUCGGCGGAUUAGUCGGAAGCAAACCUCGUCGGGUUCCUAUCGGCGACACAGCCAGCGCGACUCCCGGCGGAGGAAAACGGCGUCCGACUCGCACGGCCGGCUGAGUCAACCCGAGUCCAGCCAGAUGUUGAAUGGUGAGUUUCUGUCCGCCUCAUCCUCCGAGGACCGGCUAUGCGCGCGCGACCGACCGGCGCACCGCUACAGGGGCCGACGCCGUGAGGACCCACUCAGCGAUGACACGUCCGGCAGCUCAGACCAGGGAGACAUCGAUUGA